AUGUCUGUUGAAAUUGAAGAAACUUUAAAAGGAAAAAUUAUUUCUCAAGGAGAAAUUGUAAGAUCUUUGAAAUCCAAUGCAUCUUCCACAGAGAAAGAAAUAACUGAAGCAAUAAACAUUUUAAAAGAUCUUAAAAUUGAAUACAAAAAUGUUACAGGAAAGGAAUAUGUUGCUCCAGGUGCACGUGCAGUAAAACCAAAAGCAAAUGCUCCAAAAAAGGAAGAAAAACCAGUUGAAGGAAAAAAACAAACCAAAUUGGGUGUUGGUGUUGCAAAAGAUGAUAAUUAUUCUGAAUGGUAUUCAGAGGUUAUUACAAAAGCCGAAAUGAUUGAAUAUUAUGAUGUUUCUGGAUGUUAUGUACUUCGUCCAUGGUCAUAUUCAAUUUGGGAAGCAAUACAAGCAUUUUUUGAUGGAGAAAUUAAAAAAAUUGGUGUUAAAAAUUGUUACUUUCCAAUGUUUGUUUCAGCUGCUGUUUUAGAAAAAGAAAAAGAUCAUAUAGCAGAUUUUGCUCCAGAAGUUGCUUGGGUUACAAAAGCUGGUUCAUCAGAUCUUGCUGAACCAAUUGCAAUUAGACCAACAUCUGAAACAGUCAUGUAUCCAAGUUAUGCUAAAUGGGUUCAAUCUCAUAGAGAUCUUCCAAUAAAAUUAAAUCAAUGGUGUAAUGUUGUAAGGUGGGAAUUUAAACAUCCAACACCAUUCCUUCGAUCACGUGAAUUUUUAUGGCAAGAAGGACAUACUGUUUUUUCUAAUCAAAAAGAAGCUAUUGAAGAAGUUUAUCAAAUCCUUGAUUUAUAUGCACGUGUUUAUACAGAUCUUAUGGCAAUUCCUGUUGUCAAAGGAAGAAAAUCUGAAAAAGAAAAAUUUGCUGGUGGUGAUUUUACUACUACUGUUGAAGCAUAUGUUCCAGUUAAUGGAAGAGGUAUUCAAGGAGCCACUUCACAUCAUCUAGGACAAAAUUUCUCAAAAAUGUUUAAUAUUAGUUUUGAAGAUCCAGAACAAAAAGGAGGAAGAGAAUUUGCCUACCAAAAUAGUUGGGGAUUGUCAACAAGAACAAUUGGUGCAUUAGUUAUGAUACAUGGUGAUGACAAUGGACUAGUACUUCCACCAAGAGUUGCUUCAAUACAAGUUAUUGUUAUUCCUGUUGGUAUAACUGCAAAUACUACCGCUGAAAAAAAAGAAGCUUUAAUAAAUAAAGUUAAAGAAGUUGUUGUCUUAUUAAAAAAUAGUGGAAUUCGUGCUGAAGAAGAUUGUCGUGAUAACUAUUCCCCUGGAUGGAAAUUUAAUCAUUGGGAAUUGAAAGGUGUACCACUUCGUUUUGAAGUAGGACCAAAAGAUUUAGAAAAAAAUUCUGUUCUUGCAGUACGACGUUACAAUGGUCAAAAAUCACCCUUACCAUUAGAUAAUAUUGGAAACAAUACUGCAAAUCUUUUGGAAGAGAUUCACCAUGCUAUGUAUAACAAAGUACUUGAAGCUCGUAAUAAACACAUGAAAGUUUGUCUAAAAUGGGAAGAUUUCUCUCCACUUCUUAAUGAGAAAUGUAUACUCCUUUCACCAUUUUGUGGAAAAAUUGAUUGUGAAGAAAAAAUUAAAGAAGGCUCACAACGUAUCGAGAUAACUGAAGCAGGACAAUCAUCAAUGGGAGCAAAAACACUUUGUAUCCCAUUAGAACAACCUGAUGAACCACUUCCGGAAAAAUGUAUCUAUCCAGAGUGUAAAGAAAAAGCGAAGUUUUUUGCUUUAUUCGGUCGCUCAUAUUAA